AUGGCUACCUCCUACGCCUUGCCGGCGUCCACAUACCCGCAGCACCAUCAUCUGGCCUCGGACCACUUGCGCUCCCAUGGCCAUGGACACGACCAUUGCGACCAUUCGCAUUCACACUCCCACGGACACUCCCACGACCACUCACACGGGCAUGCGCAUUCCCACACACCGCCAUCCCUCCCUUCUCUGAGCUCUUUAGACUCUCCGCCCAGCCGUAGGGGCUCGUACGCAACCGGAGCACAUUCGCAUAAGAAGACGCAAAGCAACGAUUACAACUACAGGCAUACAAAGACACGCCCCAACAUUCCGCCUCUAGGGGCCAUCAAGCACUUUCGGACGGGCUCAACCGCUGGCGGAAGACCCAUCAUCACGCCCACAACCGCUGGCUUUGAGAAGGGGCAUGGCUUUGAGCCGCCAGCUACGGCCACCUCGCAUGGGCAUCACCACCAUUCUGCUGAGUGGUCCAAGUUCACUGCGUUUCUGCUCCCAUAUACCUCCAAGUACCCCAUAAUUCACGCUGUGAUGACGGAGAAGGACUCUCGGCGCAUCUUCUACUUCAUGUCAAUAAACCUUUCCUUCAUGGCUGUACAAGCGUUCUACGGUUAUGUAACAGAUUCCCUCGGUCUCCUGAGUGACAGUAUACACAUGUUCUUUGAUUGUGUUGCUUUGGCAGUUGGCUUGGUUGCAGCCGUUGCUAGCAAAUGGCCUCCCAGUGAGCGGUUCCCCUACGGCUUCGGCAAGAUCGAGACACUGAGUGGUUUCGCCAACGGUGUGUUUCUGGUUUUGAUCAGCGUGGAGAUUAUGUUCGAGGCGAUCGAGAGAAUGAUGGAGGGCAGGGAAACCAAGAGGUUGGGAGAGUUGUUUGUGGUCAGUACCAUGGGCUUGUUGGUGAACUUGGUUGGCAUGGCUGCUUUUGGGCAUCAUCACCAUGGCCACGAUCACGGCCACGGACACUCCCAUGGGUCAUCAUGCGGCGGCGAUGCCCACGGUCACAGCCAUAGCCACGGCCACAGCCAUAGCCACAGCCACGACCACAAGCACGAUCACGGCCACUCCCAUGGCCAUUCUCACGGAGGGCAUUCGCACUCACACGACAACGAAAACAUGCACGGCAUCUACUUGCACGUUCUUGCGGAUACCCUCGGCAGUGCUGCUGUCAUUGUCUCGACCAUUUUGACACACUUUGUCCCGUGGUCUGGGUGGGAUCCGCUUGCCAGCUUCCUCAUCGCCGUUUUGAUUCUUCUUUCAUCAUUACCGCUGGUGAUAUCCUCUGCUCGGAGACUGCUGCUUACGAUCCCUCCGGAGACCGAGUACAACCUCCGGGAAACGCUGUCGGGUAUUUCAGGUCUUCGAGGCGUCGCGGGCUACUCGGUGCCCAAGUUCUGGAUCGAUGAUCGCAAUUCGGGCGAGGAGAGCUCUGGGAACAUGCUGCUGGGGGUGAUGCACGUCCAAGCGGUUCGGGGUGCGGAUAUGGAGGACGUUCGUGAUCGUGUGCGCAACUACCUGUUGGGACACCACAUUGACAUCACGCUACAGGUUGAGCGUGAGGGAGAGUCGAGCUGUUGGUGCGGAGCGGGUCGGAGUCCUCUCUCGCAAUCGCAGAGCACAAAUCAGUUCUAGAAGAGCAAGGCUGAUGAACACCUUGGGGGCUUGUCUAAUAACGCGGGAUGAUUGGAGCUGUUGGUUGAUGAUUUUGCCAUGAGGACCGGAUGGGGGUAAAGAAGCCGGCUUGUAAUGAGGUAUGGCGGCGUGCAUAUCAUAAUGGGUGUACUGCUGAGCUUGGGGCCGGGCCUCUUGCGCGUUUGGAAAACGUUAUUGUACAUAACGAAGCUUUUGAGGUUAUCUCUGUACUUUGUGUUGACAGCGCAUCUGCUUCAUGAAAAGCAGGCGCGCGAUCUUAAUUGAAUAUGUAACCCC